GCUGCUUAGAUUGAAAUGCAGAACUCAAGCCUCUUUCUGCCCGGCACAGACUUCCUUUUACUCUUUCCUUUGGCACUCUCGUCGCCUCCUCCUGGGAAGAAGCCGAGGCACCCGCGGUUUGGAGCAGCGACAGGUCGGCCUAGUGAGAGCGAGAGAAAAGUUUCUUUCUGGGAGUGCGGAACUGGGGCCGGGUUGGUGUACUGCUCGGAGCAAUGGAGCCAGCCUUCGGAGAGGUGAACCAGUUGGGAGGAGUGUUCGUGAACGGAAGGCCGCUGCCCAACGCCAUUCGGCUUCGCAUCGUGGAAUUAGCCCAACUGGGCAUCCGACCUUGUGACAUCAGCCGCCAGCUACGGGUCUCGCACGGCUGCGUCAGCAAGAUCCUGGCGCGCUACAACGAGACGGGCUCGAUUUUGCCCGGAGCCAUCGGGGGCAGCAAACCCCGGGUCACCACUCCCACUGUGGUGAAACACAUCCGGACUUACAAGCAGAGGGACCCGGGCAUCUUCGCUUGGGAGAUCCGGGACCGCCUGCUGGCGGACGGCGUGUGCGACAAGUACAACGUGCCCUCGGUGAGUUCCAUCAGCCGGAUUCUGCGCAACAAGAUCGGCAACUUGGCCCAGCAGGCUCAUUACGACUCGUACAAGCAGCACCAGCCUGCGCCUCAGCCCGCGCUACCCUACAACCACAUCUACUCGUACCCCAGUCCCAUCGCAGCGACCGCUGCUAAGGUGCCUACACCACCCGGGGUGCCGGCCAUCCCCGGUUCAGUGGCCAUGCCGCGCACCUGGCCCUCCUCUCACUCUGUCACCGACAUCCUGGGCAUCCGCUCUAUCACCGACCAAGGAGUGAGCGACAGCUCCCCCUACCACAGCCCCAAGGUGGAGGAGUGGAGCAGCCUGGGCCGCAACAACUUCCCGGCCGCGGCCCCUCACGCAGUGAAUGGACUGGAGAAGGGAGCCUUGGAGCAGGAGGCCAAGUACGGGCAGGCACCAAAUGGCCUCCCAGCUGUGAGCAGUUUUGUAUCAGCAUCCAGCAUGGCUCCUUACCCUACUCCAGCUCAAGUGUCACCUUACAUGACCUACAGUGCUGCUCCUUCAGGUUAUGUGGCUGGACAUGGGUGGCAACAUGCCGGCAGCACUCCUCUGUCCCCCCACAACUGUGACAUUCCCGCAUCGCUGGCUUUCAAGGGAAUGCAGGCAGCCAGAGAAGGUAGCCACUCGGUGGCGGCUUCUGCACUCUGAUGGGAACUUCUAUUUCCAGCCGCUUCACUUUGGUCUCCUCUCUCAGCAAAUCCACCCCCUCUUCACACCCCACCCCUCCAGUGGUCCAGCCCGCCUGCCUCAAGAGCUGGCUUUAUGGAUUCAUAAGCUCUGUGCUGAUGACACUUAGAUAUUUCCUGUCGUAACUUCUUUCUUUUUUGCAGGAAACCUGGCGUGACUUUAGGAUUAAAAAAAAAAAAAAAGCAACUCUAAAGAUCGAAUGAGACAUUUUUGUUGCCCGCCAAUUGCGUUAGCAAAGUGAAGAAACCUGUACCCCUCAAAGGGCUUAUGGGACUUUACAGACCUACCUGUCUUUGGUAAAACCACACAUGUAUAUUUAUUCUAAAUCAACCUGAACUUUUGAAACGUGCAAUUGUUGAGAUUUUGCAAAAUCAAUAAAGGAAAACAGACGUAGAAAAAAAUAAGCUAUGUGAUACCCUUUAAUCAAAUAAUGUGACCAGAUAAUCCUUAAUUCACCAUUAGGAAACCAAUCAAUAACUGACUCGUGUGAUCCUUUGCUUGUUUUUAAGAGAUGACGUAUUUUGUUGAAAAGUAUGUAUAGAUCCCAAGCAAUAUCGGAAACUUUCCUCCUUUCGUUGGUGUUUUGACUUGGUUCCUAAUACAAUAGUGUUUAUAUUUCUAUUAGCUUGUAAAUAUGGACUGUGGAUGGUGCACUGAGUCUUCACUGUACGGGCUGCUCCUCCUCCAACAUCACCACCUCUAUUGCCCUCUAUUUUUUUUUUCUUUUUAGCAAAGGUGACUUUCUGGCAGUGUAUUUUUCUGUAUUUGGUGGUGGGUCACUCGGGCUCUUGGACCUGGACUUGCCCCCAAAUUGUGUGUGUGCGGUGAAGGCUUCAGCAUCUCACAAAGGAUACUUUCUUUCUACAGCAGAGGACUCAAAACACGGACAAAACAAGCCACUUGCCUAUUUGUAUCCCAGUCAAACAACACACAUGCAAGCAUAGGACAACGAGAGGCUGGAAUGUACCUGUACCGCAUGGCUCUGAGGGAAGUCACCUAGACACAAGUCUAAUGUGAAGUGUUUUUUUGCAGAGACACUUAAAAUGAACUUUAUGUGAUGAAAGAAAAAAAAAAACCACUGUGAAAUGAAAUUGUACUGUUAUUGUUGGCUUACCUGUGUGCUCAGCAAUCUCAGCCCCAAAUUAUCUUGUAACUUAAAAGGAAAUGGAGAAUUCUACUCUAAUGAAUGUAACAAUGGCUCUCUGUGAAGUUUACAUUGUGUGCCGAAGCAUGUUUCACGUGUAGGUCAAUAGGUGUUGGUACGAGAAAUACAAAUGCUAUUUAAUUU